AUUUCAAAUUCCGCGCGAGCUUUCUCUCUUUCCCUCCGCUCCAACUUGCUCCUCUCCAUUUUUCUUCCGCGGAGAACUAGCGGUGAUCAGUUUAUCCGGCAGCGUCGAGUUUUUUUGCUAGUACAGAUCCACAAUGGAACUAGCAGUUGCUGAUGUCACAAAUAAGCGCCUCAAACCUUCUGUGGAGGAUAAUGGAACCACACAGACUGAUAGUGAAGUUGCUAAGACAGUAGAAGAAGAAACUGCAGUUGCCACAUUGGCAUCUGAACAGAUGGAGCUGGAGAUUGCUAAUAUUCUUGAGAAGAUCAACCGUUUCACUAACCUGGUCUCUGAGCUGCUGGAAUCAGGGAAGUCCAUGCUGAAGGAAUUGAGUAAUGAGUUUGAAGAACGAAUAAUUUUAAUCCACAAGGAACAGAUGGAAAAGUGGCAAGAAGAGAUUAAGGAACUGCGCUUGCUUGAUACUUCAAAUGAGGAGGCUGAUGGUCUUUUGUUGAAUGCUAAAUAUCUACUUCAGAAUGUCCGGGGUGAAUCCUGAGCUAUUUGCACCAUUCUAAACCUUCUGAAUUCAAUAGGUAAGCUGUUCACGUUAUCCUGAGUAAUUGACUGUUCUGCAUUUCUAGUACUUUUGUCACCUAGCUUGGUACUUCUGUUCUCACUAAAAGAAGAAGAACCAAGCCUUAUAUGAUCCAUAGCUAUUGAGGAAUUGCUGCACAUUUUAUUGCUAACUGGUGUAAAGCUGCUUAGUAUUUCCCUUGAUAGUACUAGUUUUCUGACUGAUAAGUAUAUCAUAGAUAUCGCAAAUUGGGUAUGGUUAAUUUUUGGUGCACAAAUCUACUGAUUUUCUUAACGCUCUUCAUUUUGUUAUGGUGCUCUCCAAUCUAUUGUUCCUUUUGCUAUGUAUGUUGUGAGCCUGAUUCAUUAGUUGUUCAUAGCUAGCUGGUAGUCUUCUUAAUUUUCAUUCCAUCUAUUACUUUAGUUGCCUUAUUUGAACUAUGAUCCAAGGUACCAAGCUCUCACAGAUAUGUGAAAAUCAAUCAUAAUUCUGUUAGAAUUUUAUGGGGAAGUACAUACAUAAAAGUGAUUUUCGUUAUGCUCUCAGGUAGAAAGUAGAGUAGACUUUCCAAGUUUAAGAGCUGCAGUAUAAAUUACAAAGUACCUUUGUCUGUUUGGGAUUCAAGAUCCGUGAUAUCAUCUUCUUAAAAACAUGAUGAAACAAAUGAAUCUUUCGCCAUGGAGGCCUAAAAUAGGUAGAAACACACUGAAAAAACCAUAAGCAGUAAAUAGAAAUAGAGUUUAUUCUGUGCUUCCAGCGAGAAUGUAAAAUUGUCAGCUCAAUUUUCAUCAUUAGCUUUUGAUGUUCGCAAAAAGUUGUCAAACAUGGAUAAGAUAAGACUUCUCCAUAAACCAUCCAGAUGAAAAUUACAUAAACAGGAGAAGAAAAAAGACUAAACAAGUAAGCAAUCUAGAUAGAAAAGGAAAACUGAGAUAAACUCUUCUAAAGGUUUCAUAACCAUUUAAUAUUCUGUACUGGAGGCAUAAUUACAUACAUAGAAACAAAGCCUAAAACCCUCUUAAAUGGUAGAGCAAGAAAGAUGGUAGAACCUAAGUGAUCUAUAUAAGCUUCUUGUAAUUGAAAACAACCAAUUUUGACUCAAUACUUCUAAGAGUCGCCAACAGAUAUAGGUUGGCCAGAUAUUAAUCCAAGGCGUGAUCUAGAAUGUUGCCUGGUCAUGAUGACCUCCCUUGCUAAAGCCGGCCGGUCAAUUACAUUUCUCUCAGACUCUUCCUCCUUAAUCUUCUUCACUUGGCUAUGCAUAAUGUACUGACGAUGAUUGUCACCUUCUUGGUUUUGUUCAAAGAAUCCUUCUUCUUUCUUUGACAUGUUGCUGUUCUUCUUCUCCAUAUGAACUCUCUCCAAAAUAGGCAGUAUUCAGUUUUUCUCUUAAUAAAAUCACUGAAAUGGUUGCCUAUUAAUAUAGAUUUGGUGAGUUUGGUACCCAAACACAACCCCCAAGAUUUUUUUCUUCCCUUAAUUUGUGGUGGAAGUUUGGUCAUAAGAAGGGAGGGAAG